CCUAGUGAUAUGCAUGCAUUUACAAUCAAACCUGAUUCUAAUGAACCUAACGGUAGAAAAAAAAAGUCUUUCCUAGUUUAAACUGCAGAUUAAUAGUUAACCUGACUGUGUCUUUAUGUGAGCGUGGACAAAGUACAAAUGCCACCGGGACGUGAGGAUGUGCAGCGGAGACGCUGGCUGAUCUCAGAAACAUGCAGCCCAGUCUGAGGUUUUAAAUCAUCUCCAGCAUUCUCUAAAGAAAAAAACAUGGCAACUCUGGCAUUAUACACAAAGGGGGCGAGUGUGUGGGUCCCUGAUCCAGAAUCAGUCUGGGUUUCUGCUCGGCUCCUGCAGGACUACAAGCCUGGACAGAAGCAGCUUCUGCUGCAGAUCCAGAAUGGAAAUGAGGUCCACUACCCGUUGGGUUCUCCAUCUGAUCUCCCACCGCUGGGGAACCCUGACAUCCUGGAGGGUGAGAACGACCUGACAGCUCUGAGUUUUCUCCACGAGCCUGCUGUGCUGCACAACCUCCGGGUCCGGUUCCUGGACUACAGCAGUAUCUACACGUACUGUGGCAUUGUGUUGGUGGCCAUCAACCCUUAUGACCAGCUGCCCAUAUAUGGUGAGGAAGUGAUAGAUGCUUACAGUGGCCAGGACAUGACGGACAUGGAGCCUCACGUCUUUUCUGUGGCGGAGGAAGCGUACCGUACCAUGACCAGGGAGGAGAAGAACCAGUCCAUCAUCAUCAGUGGGGAGUCUGGCUCUGGGAAAACCGUCUCUGCCAAAUUCACCAUGAGAUACUUUGCUGUGGUUGGAGGAGCAGCUCAGAAGACCAGCGUGGAGGAGAGAGUUCUGUCGUCAAACCCCAUCAUGGAGUCCAUUGGGAAUGCCAAAACCAUAAGGAACGACAACAGCAGUCGUUUUGGGAAGUACAUAGAGAUCGGAUUUGGUAAGAAGGGGGACAUCAUCAGUGCCAACAUGAGGACAUAUCUGCUAGAGAAGUCGAGGGUCGUGUUCCAGGCGUCAUCAGAGAGGAACUACCACAUCUUCUAUCAGCUGUGUGCAUCCAGAGAGCUGCCAGAAUUGAGAACCCUCAACCUGAACGCGCCAGAACAUUUCCGCUAUACCAACCAGGGAGGAGACUUUCAGAUUCCUGGUACCGAUGACUUGUCCGACCUGGAGCGGACUCGUAAUGCUUUCACCGUUCUGGGUGUGCAGCCUGACCAGCAGAUGGAGCUCUUCAGGAUCCUUUCAUCCAUUCUGCAUUUGGGAAACGUCAACAUUCAAGCCAGUGGCAGAAGUUCUGACCGGAGUUACAUUGAUGCAGAGGACCGCUCUCUGGCUGUCUUCUCUAAGCUGUUGGGAGUGGAGAGAUCUCAGAUGGCCCACUGGCUGUGCCAUCGCAGGCUUGCAGUCAGAGGAGAGAUGCUGGUGAAACCCAUGACCGGCCAGCAGGCUCUGGAAGCCAGAGAUGCUCUUGCUAAACAAAUCUACGGUCAGCUGUUUACGUGGACGGUCCAGAGGCUCAACUCGGCCUUACGCACCCAGAGGUCAAAGGCCAAAUCCUUCAUAGGGGUGUUGGAUAUCUACGGGUUCGAGACUUUUGAUCGGAACAGUUUUGAACAGUUUUGUAUAAAUUAUGCAAACGAGAAACUUCAGCAGCAGUUCAACAGGCACGUGUUCCACCUAGAGCAGGAGGAGUACGUGCGGGAGGAGCUGGCUUGGAGGAGGAUUGAAUUCAGCGACAAUCAGCAGUGCAUCAACCUCAUCGAGGGACAGUUGGGACUGUUUGACCUGUUGGACGAGGAGUGCAGGAUGCCUAAAGGUUCAGAUGAAAGCUGGGUGCUGAAGCUGUACGACCAACACCUGGCCAGUAAGCCCCAUCCUCACUUCAUGAAACCCCGCAUGUCCAACAGCUCCUUCAUCAUCCUGCACUUUGCUGAUACGGUGCAGUAUGAGAGCUCCGGCUUUUUGGACAAAAACAGAGACACGGUCUUUGAGGAGCUCAUAAACAUUCUCAGAGCAAGUCAGUCUGAGCUGGUGGCUGAGCUGUUCCAGCAGCAGACCCAGCUGUCGUCUGUGGCCAACGGGAGCCUCCUCUCUGGGAAGAGAGCUACCAGGGAACACAAGCUGACCGUGGGCUUCCAGUUUCGUCAGUCCUUACAGAUGCUGAUGGACACUCUCAACAGCACCACCCCUCACUACGUCCGCUGCAUCAAACCCAACGAUCUCAAAACACCUUUUAUGUUUGAUCCUAAGAGGACAGUGCAGCAGCUGAGAGCUUGUGGUGUUCUGGAGACGAUCCGAAUCAGCGCCGCAGGUUAUCCAUCCAGAUGGACGUAUGAGGAGUUCUUUAGCAGGUACCGCCUUCUGCUCCGGGGACCUCAGCACCAGGAUCAGGCCCAGGCUCUGUGCAGACAGGCCCUGCCUGAGCUCAUCCCAGACCCAGACCAGUACUGCUUUGGGAAAACCAAAGUGUUUUUCCGAGCAGGUCAGGUGGCCGUUUUGGAGAGGCUGAGAUCUGAGCGGCUGCGAGUUGCUGCUGUGAUGAUCCAGAGCCGGCUGAAAGGAUGGCUGCAGAGAGUCAGAUUCCGGCGGAUCUGCUGGGCUGCUGGUAUCUUACAGAGAUACAGCAGAGGAACUCUGGCCAGGCGACUAGCUCUGACACUUCGCUACACCAGAGCAGCCGUAGUGAUCCAGAAGACCUUCCGCAUGGCGGUGGUCCGACAGCUUUUCCUCAUGAUCCGGCGCGCCACAGUCACCAUCCAAGCCUUCACCAGGGGCUCGCUGGCACGCCGCAGACACAGACAGUUGGUGGAGGUGAGGGCGGCGGCGCUGCUGCAAGCCUGGGUGCGAGGGUGGCUGGCCAGAUGUGCCUACAGGCGGGUGCGUAGGGCGGUGGUGUUCAUGCAGUGCUGCGUCCGGCGCAAGGCCAGCAGGAGGGAGCUGCUGAAACUGAAGGCCGAAGCCCGCUCAGUGGAACGCUACAGGGAGCUGAACAAGGGCAUGGAGGUCAAACUGAUGCAACUGCAGCUGAGAGUAGACCAGGAGGUGAGGGAGAGUUGUGCUCUGAGAGAGACCCUCAACGCAGAACGAGAGGCCUUCAGCAGUGAGCUGGAGGCACUGAGGGCGAUCAUACAGAAGCUGGAGAGCCAGAAACGUGGAAAACCUCCUCCUGGUCCUGCUGUCAGUGAGAAGGAGGUGGAGGAGAGGAGAAGAGCCGAGGAGAAAGCUGAUCUGGAGAUCCUACACCUACGACAGGAGUUACAAGCUCUGAAGAAAGAAAAGGAAAGUGUUGAGAUGGAGAAAAAGGAUCUCGCCGCUCGUUUGCUUGAGCAAGAAAAAACACAACGAGAGUGUGUGCAUCAGGCGGUGCUGCAGGCCAGCUUGGCUCUUCGGACAGAACUGGAUGAGGAGAGGCUGAAGUACCAGGGCCUGCUGAGGGACUUCACCAGGCUGGAGCAACGAUACGACAACCUCAGGGAGAUGAGUCUGCUCUCCGAGCGCGGAAAAGGACACAGAAGGACCGACUCCACUCAGAGUCUGAGCUUCGAGCCUCUCUCCCCCUCACCAACUCCGCUGUCUCCCCAGUCUCCCACCUCCCUCUUCACGUCUCCCUUCCCGUCGUCUCCGGAGGAGGAACGAAGACACAGCGUGACAUCUCCCAGUCAGGAGAGGAGGCUUUCGGUGUGGAGCUUAGACACGCCACUGGAUCAGCUGAUGGAGAAAACAGAUGUGCCCAAAGAUCCGGCUGUGAAGGUGAAGAGAGAAGACCUGGAGCACGCCUACGAUGCUGUACGAGUGGCCAACAAGUUCCUGGAGCGCCAGCUCCGUCAGCAGGACGCUCGUCGGGAGGAGGAGCUGGAGGCUCUGAGGUCUCAGCUCAGUCAAGCCAUCACCUGCUCUUCUUCUGCAGCGCAGACGCAGGAUCUUCAGGAGCUGCUAGAAGCCAGAGAGCGUGAGUGUGUGAGGCUGAGGAGGGAGGUGAAGGAGCUGAGGAACACGGCGUUGCUCAGACGGCUGCUGACGCACGUUUUCCCGACAGCUUCGACCACAGAGGCUUUCUGUCCGUCGCAGCUGAAACCAGCAGCCGCCACUGGCUUGAUGGAGUGUAGGAAAAGAGAUGAAAACAAACUCAUCAAGAACCUCGUCACAGACAUCCGUGUGGACAGCGCUCUGUCUCUGUCUCCUGGUCUUCCGGCCAGCGUCCUGUUCCUGUGUGUCCGUCAGGCCGACUGCAGCGGAGACCAAAGUCGAGCUCGCUCGCUCUGUGGCGCCGCCAUCUCUGCCAUGAAGGCCGCUCUGAAGAAACAUGUUGCUGACCUAGACAUGACCGCUUUGUGGCUAAAAAACAUUUGUCUGCUUCACGACCUGUUGGCCCAACACUCGUCGAAUCAGAACCGUGACUCAGAUGAACUGGUUCCUUUGACCUUUGACCUGAGUGACCUGAUCCGCACCCUGAGUGACCUCUGCAUCCAGGCCUAUCAGCAGCUUCUUUCCAUCACUGAGACUCGGCUUCAAAAACUCAUCGUCCCAGCGCUGCUGGAGAGUGAGACCAUCACAGGUCUGUCUGGCUCGGUGGUGAAGCUGGCAGCGUCCAGGAAGCGAGCGGGCUCGGAGCCUAGGCCAGUGGGAGCGGACGCCCCCACGAUGGCGUCUCUGCUGAGGGAGCUUGGAGCCUUUCACACCGCUCUGACCCGCCAGGCUCUGCCCCAGAGUCUGACUGAACAGGCCUUCAGGCAGCUCACCUACCUCAUCACAGCCAGCGCCCUCAACAACCUACUGCUGAGGAAAGACAUGUGCUGCUGGAGCCGGGGCAUUCAGAUCCGCUACAACGUGAGCCUGCUGGAGGAGUGGCUGCGAAGCAGAGGUCUACAGACAGGGGGCGCUGUUUCCACACUGGAGCCUCUCAUCCAGGCAGUUCAGCUGCUGCAAGUGGGGAAAAAGACGGAUGCAGAUGCCCAGGCCAUAGUUCAGACCUGCACUGCCCUCUCCAGCAAACAGAUUGCAAAGAUUCUGGCCCUCUACACUCCACACAGUGAUCUUGAUGAAAAAGUCUCACUGAAUUUCAUGCGUAAGGUCCAGGAGCUCCUCAGAGGCCGCUCUGACAGUCAGCCUCCGCAGCUCCUUCUGGAUGUGAGGAGAGUGUUCCCUGUGACGUUCCCCUCCUCGCCUCCCCCCAUCAUCAGUGUUGAGGAAUUAGUCAUCCCAGACUCCCUCAAGAUCUCAUUUUUACGCAGAACCUAGAAGACCAGAUGGGAAUAUUGAACUGUUUUAGCAAGUUUAAAGGAAAGUUUUGUCCAUUUUUAAGUACUUUUCUGUAGAAAAGUUAUGAAUAAUGAUUAUCUGACCUUGGUGACACUUUAAAAUAAGGGUCCCUUUCUCACCGUUACUUGGUGCACUAUUAAGCAGUAAUAACCUAUUUUGGACCCUUGGUCCAAACCUUCCCUGCCAACGUCAAUGUCACAUGGACGUGCAGAUCGUGUCUAUAUUAAGUCCGUCGGUCCAGACCACAUCUGUAGGAUGUCCAGACUAGGUCUUUGCACAGUGGGUUAAGGACACUUUAUAAUUAAUAUCUGGAACGUUAAUAAAGGGACCCUUAUUGUAAAGUCUUACAGAUGACUCUCUGAAUGACCUACGUUUAAUUCCUGCUGAACUUUGACCAGUACAAUUGUAAAUAUGAUAAAUGAUGACCCGUACUUGUACAGCGCCUUUCAGAGUCAGAUGACUCCAAAGCGCUUUACACUACAGUGUAUCAUUCAUCCAUUCACACACUGAUGGUGAUGAGCUACAAAGUAGCCACAGCUGCCCUGAGGCAAGGCUGCCACCGGUCCCUCUGACCACCAGCAGCAGGCGAGGUGGGUUAAGUGCCUUGCCCAAGGCCACAACAGCAGAAUUCUCUGUCGGGAGCCGGGAUCAAACUUGCAACCUUCCGACUACUGGACAACCCGCUCUACCUCCUGAGCUACUGCUGACCCCUUACUUAAUAAGCCCUUAAUUCCUCACGGAUUCAUCCCAAAAUGUUCAUCUAGGCUGAGUAAAUAUCAACUAACUUCUACAAAUGUUGAAAAACUCUGCAGAGUUUUUAUACUGAAGCAUCAAAAUAUGUUUUUUUUUAACAUGUUUUAUUGGCAGCAGGAACCAACAGUCAGACUGUAGUGUCGGGAGCCUCAAACCGCCCAGUAAGAACAACCAUAACAAUGAUAAUAAAAAUAAAAACAAAAACAGAAUUAGAAACAUCUCGUGUAUAAAAAAACUCUCAUGCGAAGUACCUUGUACCACUACACAUCAUCAGUAAUACAUAUUUAUAUAUUCACAGACAUUUGAAAAAUAGCAAACAAGAAUGAAAUAUCAAAAUAUAGAAGACAACAAUUGGCAUUUAAACAUCAACAAAUUCUGCGUGCUGGCACAAUACAAGUUUUUGUUUUGUUGUUCCCAUCAUGCACCUCUCCUGGAAGUACGCCACCGGCGUCGUCUAUUUUAUUUUCUAUAUGUUUUCGUAGCGCAGUCAGUCGGGCAGAGCGGGAACGGUCAUGCAUGUCUGUCCACCGGUGUGCUUUUCGUUGUGCUUCUUCUGCCCUCUAACUGCUCCCGUGUCACCCUGAUCGACCAUCUGAAGUUUCAUUGUCAACAGCAAGAAAUAAAGAACGUUUUCGUGGCAUUUCCA